UGAAAGAGGAGUUGUUGACAGUUUCUGUCGGCAACAAUUGUUUCUACAAAUAUUAGUUUGUUGAUAUCAAUAAAUUGUAAUUUGUCAAAAUGACAUUUCAUUAGUUCGUUUUUGUAUUCAUCACCAUUUUUUUAUCACUGAAUUUUGUCUCUUAUAUUUUGUAUUGUAAAAUUCCGAAAAACAAAAAAUGGUACAAAAAGGUAAACGACAAAUUCUAACACCGGAAGAAAAAGCGGCGCUAAGAAUCCAUGUGCGUAGAAAAUUUAAAGUUCUUGUCCAGCUGAUAAUCUAUAAUAAACGAUGGUUGGAAGGAAACGAAGACGAAAGCGAACUGGGCGACAAUGCGAUCAAAAACAUACAAAUGAUGUUGGGUAAGAAAAAGGAGAAGAGCUUGAUAGGGAGACAUCACAAAUCUAUUAUGAUGAAGGAGUCCGACAAGAGAACUUUUGAGGAAAUUGAAGAGUUGGCUCGAGUGUUGCCUUCGAAUAAGUUUUUUAGAAAAUAUGACUAUCAAUGUCUUUUGGGUUUGGCGAAAACUCUUAAGUUCUAUUAUUAUCCUGCGGGAGUCAGAAUAUAUUCACAGGGGUGUCCUCCAUUGGCCAUAUAUGUGAUAUUGGAAGGUGAAUGUAAUGGUUUGUACAAGUACUAUGAUCGCAUAACCCACUCCACCAGCAUAGCCACUUACGGACAAAUGAGAGCCGGCUAUGCCAUCGGCAUAGUAAAUGUUUUAACAGAAAAACCAAGAAGUCUUACUGUCGAAACUGCCGUUGCCUCAGAAAUUGUAGGUUUAGCCAAGGAACACUUCGACAAAAUUUUAAAAGCCAGCUACUUGAAAACAUUUAAGAAAAUGGCAGCGCAUUACAACAAAUUUCCCAAUUUACGUUAUUGGCCAGCUGACACCAAAAGAGUUUGUUCCAUCUUAUGCAAGUGGAGGUUGUUCAAGCCCAACCAAUUGUUGUUGGACGAUCAUAGUUCGUUAAAAGAUUACGCCUUUUUCAUCAUCAGCGGGACAUGUUAUUUACUGGAAUGUCUAGUUGUAAAAGUCAAAAGGAAGAAAAAGUUGACCACGUACACUUUGGCCAACAAAGAGGAAGUCAGGAGGCUUUUAUUUAAAACAUCUGAUGAUUCCAUACAGUCCAAAGAAAUAGACCACGACCUCGUGAGGAUCGAAACGCACUUUAUAAAGAUAUGCGAUUUUCGUGCAUUGGCUUGUUUCAACAUUGGAGAGAACAUCGGCACCAGACAGGUAAUCGCAAAAACUCGUGUUCACUGCUUGCUUAUUCCAAAGGUCUGGCUCUUGCAUCAAAACAUCAAUAAUGUCUGGACGAUCAUUACGGGAUAUCUAAAUAGGACCAUUCCAGACACUCAAACUGUCUUCAAGGAGUUUCUACAGCAAAUGUUUUGGAGUAAUUACAAGUUGAAAUUGGUCAAGGAAAUAAUGGAUAAUUACGUGAUUACCAACGCCAACUUCCCAGAAAAUCUUCCAUUCAGUACUCGGUUGAGUUCACCGGAAUAUUUUACUUUACACAAUAAGAAGUUGUGAUUAUUUUCAAUGAGCACAAAAUUUUCCUGUUUAAAAUUUUUAUUUGAAAUGUGAAUGUUAAAUUCUCCUGUUUUCCUUUAAAAAAUAUUUUAUUUAAUAUUCACAAAUAAAAUUAAUAGUAAUUAUAACAUGGGCUAUUU